GUCAUAAUACAGAGGAUUAUAUUGCAAACAAUUUUACCGGAACAAUGAAAAUGACUUUUAAAUCGGUCACGUUCAAGUGCGCAUUGCUGGUGGCAUUAGCGUUCAUCGGCUGCACAAUCGCUCGUCCCGAAGUUCCAAAGUCUGCGGCUUCCGAAUCAGCGAUACAGUCAACACUGUCGGCAGGCAAUAUGCAGCAGAUCCAAGAAACCCUCAGAGAAGCCCUUCCGCUGUACAGGAUGGCCACGAAGUCAGCGCACAAGGAACAUGGCCACGGGAAACUGUCUGUCGUCCAUUUGAUACUAAUCAUUGGCAAAGUGCUCGCGCCGCUCGUGGGCGCCAUUAUCGAACCGCUACUCGUCAACGUCGCCAAAGGCAUCACAUGGGCGAUCACGUACUCUUUGGCAACUGGAUUCGACAAGCCGCCUGGUUACGAGCACUUUGUACCAGCGUUGGAACACCAUGGUGGAAGCAACGACGAUGACGACGAUGACACGGAAUAUGAAUCUCACAAGCCGGUCAGUUACUCGCUAAAAGAGCUCCCUGGACUGGCGUUACAGCUGACCAGCACCGUUUUGGCUGAAUCCGGUGUGGGUCAACCGACACAGCAAGCGGAGGCUAUGGAAAAGGCCGAAAGGAAGCUCGUGGACCUGCUAUUGCAAGACAAUAAACCGCCAGCGAUACAGUAAUCGUU